AACCAACACAGAGAAGCCAUAGUAGAAGAAAACAGAGAGUUAAAGAGAAAGAACAGAGUGAAGAUCAUGACCAUGACCAUGAACACUCCCAAAGUUAACCAAAUAUCUGAGUGUUUUGUUAAACCAAAGUGUGCCCCAGAAGAAUCAAAUCAUCCCCUCUAUAUGACACCAUGGGAUUUAGUAAUGCUCUCUGUCCACUACAUCCAAAAGGGUCUCCUGUUUUCCAAACCAUCUCAUCAAGAUGAGAAUUUCAUGGAAGAUCUAUUGGGCAACCUCAAAAACUCCCUUUCUCUAACUCUGAAUCACUUUUAUCCACUUUCAGGUCGUUUGAAGACAAUCAAAUCUGAAAACCCAAAUUCAUGUUUGGUUUAUGUUGAUUGCAGUAAUGACAGCCCUGGAGCCAAAUUUAUCUAUGCAACUCUAGAUAUGACUGUCUCUGAUAUUCUAACACCAACUGAUGUACCUUCCAUUGUUCAAUCUUUCUUUGACCAUGAUAGAGCAGUCAAUUACGAUGGCCACACAACUAGUUUGGUUUCUAUCCAAGUAACUGAGCUUGUGGAUGGUGUCUUCAUAGGAUGUUCCAUGAACCAUGCCAUAGCUGAUGGAACCUCUUAUUGGAACUUCUUCAACAUGUGGUCUGAAGUGUUUAAUAACACAAACUCUAUCUCUCGUCCACCUAUUUUCAAACGCUGGUUUCCCGAAGGCCACGGCCCGAAAAUCAGCCUCCCAUACUCGGGCCCCGAAGAGUUUGUUGGGCGAUUUGAAGCCCCGGAACUCAGGGAGAGAGUGUUCCAUUUUUCGGUGGAAUCGCUAGCGAAAUUGAAAACCAAGGCUAAUACAGAAUGUAACACCAACAAAAUCUCUACCUUCCAAUCUUUAUCUGCACUUAUUUGGAGGUGUAUAACUAGAGCCCGAAAUCUAGCACCAGAACAGGUAACAAGUUGUAGAUUGGCAGCUAAUAAUAGAGGGAGAUUAGAUCCACCAAUAUCAGAAAAUUACUUUGGGAAUGUAAUUUAUCCAAUAAGGGGAUUUACAACUGUUGGUGAUUUGCUUGAGCAUGAUCUUGGAUGGGCGGCGUGGAAGUUGCAUGAGGCUGUGGCUAACCAUAAUGACAAGACAAUUCGAGUGUUGCUGGAUGAUUGGCUUGAGAGUAGGCGCGUUUUUCAACUCGGUCAGCUUUUUGAUCCUUUCAGCAUUAUGAUGGGGAGUUCACCUAGAUUCAACAAGUAUGGAAUUGAAUUCGGGAUGGGAAAAGCAGUGGCGCUUCGCAGCGGUUAUGCGAACAAGUUUAGCGGGAAAGUGUCGUGUUAUCCGGGACAUGAAGGCGGCGGAAGUAUUGAUUUGGAGAUGUGUCUUCCGCCGGCUGCUAUGUCUGCUCUUGAGUCUGACAAUGAGUUCAUCCAAGCCAUUCAGUGUAACAAUAUUAUGCAUACUUGAAACAGUUCAUGUUAAGCCAAUUUGUAUUGACUAAUCAUUUUUAUGUACGAAGGCAUUUUGCAGAUUUUUCUUACUAUUUUAAUUUUAAACAAAGUACAAAUUAUAAAUUUAGGAGAUAUUUGACGUAAAAUUCUCUUAAUAUUUUUAAGAAGCAGAGGAAUUUUUUUUUUCAUUCAAAA